AGUGCGCGCGCGUGUGUGUGUGUAUGUGUACGUGAGUGUGGGUGCGCGUGAAAAAGCGACCAUGGCGAAACUGAUACAAGUUUUAACCAUCCUCUCGCUGGUGGCACCGUUGCUGCUGGCCCGACGUAUCCAGCUCGUCAACAUCAGUCCAGAGGAGGCGCAGAAGUUCAUCACCCAGCAGAGCCUGGACCUGCGAUACGCAUCAAAGCUGGGCGAGCAUCCGCUUGGAUACACGCGCAAUAUACAGGAUCCAGCUUUGGCCAGCUUCUAUUACAACGGGCGAGUGAUCGAACACCCGGAGGACUAUGUGGAGGAGGAAUAUGAGGCGAAACAGUUCCACGGACAGGAUGGUCUCGGUAGAGCGAUGUUUGGCUACAGCGACCACAACCAGGCUCGACUGGAGGCACGCAAUGCAAAUGGUGAAGUUCGAGGUUCGUACCAGUACGUCAACCCACUCGGCGAGGACGUGAUCGUGCAGUACUGGUCCGAUGGGCUUGGCUUCCAUCAGAUCGACAACCGGCCCGAAGUGCGCCUGCAACCAGUCACCGAAACACCGGAAGUUCGUGAAGCUCGUCUCGCGCACAUGAAAGCCUGGGAAGAAGCGGCGAGUCUUGCCCGCGCCAACCCCGAUGUAUCUGAUGAUCCCUACCGGGCUGUCCAGAGCAAUGCCGUCGAGGACGAACCGGAGCAGGACGAAAUCCUGGCGGCUGUCUCCAAUCAGCACCAGGCUCUGAUCCGCUAUCCGAGCCUACCAUACACGGAUCACAUCGCACCAGGCGCAUCCGCGUUGGCAGAUGAAGGCGUCAUCGUGGAGGCAGUGCGUAGUGUCCGCAAGCGCGAGAAUGAUCCUCAGACUAAUGAGGACGAUCACGAAGUGUCAGCUGAUCCGAAAGGAUUCUUCUACAGCUUCGACUACCCGGUGCAGCUGGUGGCAGAAAGCGCCGCUAAAAAAGCCCGUGGAAGCUCGCUCGCUGACGGGUUUGGUGAAAGUCCGCAGGAAACGGUCGUGGUGGAGGCGCAGGAAUUGCCAAACGCCCCGAAAGCAGCACCAGUUGAUGAUCGCGUGUCGCUGAAGGCAGUGCUGCGUGGCGAAACGCUUGUGGACGCCGUGCAUGAUGCUCAGGUUUCACCGAAACAGAAGCUGCAGGCUGAGCGAAACUAGAGAGCCUCGAAACUUGCAGGAUGUUCGCGUCAGCAAAGCAUCC